AUGGCCUUUGCCAGAUCCGCCAGUGGACCAGCCGGUCUUAGUAUCAAUACUGGAGCCGCCAACCUGUUCGGAAGCGCUUCGAGUCAGCCUCCACCACCCGGCGGAUCAAUCCCAGCCAGUGCACAACCAUCAACGCAAACGAAUAGCCUGUUUGGCGGCAACCUGAACCAACAGCAGCAACAAACACAAUCCCAGCAGCAACAGCAGCAGCAGCAGCCCGGCGCCGGCGGCGGUUUGUUCGGAGCAAGCAUGGCAGCAUCAUCACAGCCCAGCCUGUUCGGCUCCAACACUGCAACAGCAGGCACGGGAGGUGGAGGAGGCCUGUUUGGCGGCACGACAGCUUCACAACCUCAACAACAGGCGGGCGGCGGUCUCUUCGGCUCAAGCACCACUGCCACAGCUCAACCAGCACAGGGAGGUGGUGGAGGGCUGUUCAACACUGCUGCCACCCAGCCCGUGUCUACGGCAGGCGGUGGGCUGUUCAACAAUGCCCAGAAUGCUGGUGGCUCUUUAUUCGGCGGCGGCGGAAACACCAACACUGGGACAUCGAGUCUGUUUGGGCAGAAGCCAGCGCAAGCCGGAGGUCUCUUUGGCGGCCAGGCUGCUACCCAGCCAGCUCAAGCCACAUCAGGCGGUCUAUUCGGCGGCCUCAACAAAUCCACAAACCAGCAGCAACCGAAUCCUACUUUGGGCGCCACCAUGAACCCGCAGGUCGUUCCUGGCGUGCGCAUCGAUGUUUCAAACAUGAAGUCCACGACGCGCUUCAACGACCUGCACGAGGAUAUCCAAAAGGGCAUAGCCGACAUUGACAAAUUCAUACAGAACUGCAUGUCCCAGAAGGACCAGCUCGAUGCCUUUAUGCCUGCACAUGGCGAGCAACUCUCUGCGAUCCCAGGCGACGUGCGCUUCGUCGGUCGCAAGUACGCCGCCGUCGACUCGGCCCUGGGCGCGGACCUACACGCCAUCAAGCAGAUGCGCGACCUGGUCAAGUCGGAUGCGGAGGAGGCGAAGCUGAGCUUCUCAGCGGUGGACAACCUCAUGCUGCCCAGCCAGUACCACGUCAACAACGCCCCGGGCUUCUUUGGGAGCUCGAAUAGGGACGGCUCGGGGGGCGGCGGCAAGGGCGGCGACGAUGAUGACAAGACGGCGUCGGACCUGGUCGGCUACUUCUCCAAGCAGGUCGACGAGAUGGACGAACAGAUCAAGCGCUUCCAGAAGAACGUCCGCGAGAUUGAGAUGCACCUCGGCGGCGUGCAGCAGAACGUUAUGGACCAGGCCAGCCGGCUGCAGAACGGCGGCGGCGGCUUUGGUGCCGGGUCGGCCGAGGACAAGCAGAUGGAGCUGUACGCGGUGCUGAGGGACUUUGAGGAGAGCAUCCUGCAAGUCGCAGGUGUGGUUGGUGCCGGCAGGGAGGGAGUCACCGAGCUGCAGCUUAGCGAUUUCAGGGGGCGGGGGCUGAAUGGUGUACACUGA